AGCGUGGCCGGCUUUAUGGGGCAUGAACUCUCCACAUUCCUUCAAGGCGCUUCAGACUGCCGGGGAAAUAAAUCGGGCGCCGUCAGCGGCCCGUCACUAGACGCGCACCCCCCUCCGGCCUGUUCCCCCAAAUUCCUGCAGCCUUGUGUCAUGCUCUGCUCAGGGAGGAAGGCCGCUCCGCGGGGCUACGUUGGCCCUUGGCUUUCUCCCGAAAAGUCCAUGGGAACCUUAGUCCAAGGUGGAGCUCUGUGGACAGAGGCAAUGACUUCUAAGUACCUCUUUCUGAGUCUGGCCAUCUUCUCUUCACUUAUCCAAGUUGUGAUAGAAGCCAGCUCUUGGUGGUCUCUGGGUAUGAACCACAUGAACCCCAUGAACCCCGUUCAGAUGCCGGAGGUGUACAUCAUUGGAGCCCAGCCCCUUUGCAGCCAACUGGCCGGGCUCUCCCAAGGACAAAAGAAACUCUGCCACUUGUACCAGGACCACAUGCAGUACAUCGGAGAGGGUGCCAAGACGGGGAUCAAGGAAUGCCAGUAUCAGUUCCGCCACAGAAGAUGGAAUUGUAGCACUGUGGAUAACAACUCUGUUUUUGGCAGAGUCAUGCAGAUAGGCAGCCGGGAGACAGCCUUCACGUACGCAGUCAGUGCUGCUGGUGUGGUCAAUGCCAUGAGCCGGGCCUGCCGGGAGGGGGAACUCUCUUCCUGUGGCUGCAGCCGGGCUGCCAGGCCGAAAGAUUUACCUCGGGACUGGCUGUGGGGUGGCUGUGGGGACAACAUUGACUAUGGCUACCGCUUUGCCAAAGAGUUUGUGGAUGCCCGCGAGCGAGAGAGGAUCUACCAGAGAGGAACUUACGAAAGCGCCAGGAUCUUGAUGAAUCUGCAUAACAACGAAGCAGGGAGGAGAACGGUGUACAGCUUGGCGGACGUGGCCUGCAAGUGCCACGGGGUGUCCGGAUCGUGCAGCUUGAAGACCUGCUGGCUGCAGCUGGCUGACUUCCGCAAGGUUGGCGACGCCUUGAAGGAGAAAUACGACAGCGCGGCAGCCAUGAAGCUCAACCCCCGGGGCAAGCUGGUGCAAGUGAACAGCCGCUUUAACGCGCCCACCAUCCACGACCUGGUGUACAUAGACCCCAGCCCCGAUUACUGUGUGCGCAACGAGAGCACCGGCUCCUUGGGCACCCAGGGGCGCCUCUGCAACAAGACUUCGGAAGGCAUGGACGGCUGCGAACUAAUGUGCUGCGGCCGGGGCUACGACCAGUUCAAGACGGUGCAGACGGAGCGCUGUCACUGCAAGUUCCACUGGUGCUGCUACGUGAAAUGCAAGAAGUGCACAGAGAUUGUGGACCAGUUUGUCUGCAAAUAGAUGGGGAUGGGUGGGAAGAGCUUUUUUCCGGUCUACCAGCAGAGGGCAGUAGGGAGGGGGAGAGGUUGCCCCAAGAAGGUCUCCAUUCUUAUUUAUAGAGUCCAGCAGGUGCUUUCCUUGUUUGGAGAUUU